CACACCGGUCGGGCUGAAUCGGAAUGCGGGCAUCAGUUAUAGCCGGUCAGACGGUACAAGGUCCCAGUCGCGUGUAUUCAAUUACUCGAUUUAAUUUUCUAUAACGGGAAAGGUGGAGAAGAUUGACGCGUUAAGAAGGUUAUUCGCUCUCCCUGGAAACACCAUGGCCAGAGGAAGCGACGAGUCUGUGAACGGAUCGUGGAAAAAGCAGGUGGAUGAUAUCAGGAAGAUAUUCGAGUUUAAAGAGAUCCUCGGCACUGGGGCUUUUUCGGAGGUGGUUCUAGCCCAGGAAAAGGCCACGGGUGAGAUGUACGCGGUGAAAUGCAUUCCCAAAAAAGCGCUCCGAGGAAAAGAGAGCGGAAUCGAAAACGAAAUUGCAGUCCUGAGGAAAAUCAAGCAUGAGAACAUUGUGGCUCUGGAUGACAUUUAUGAAAGCCCCACUCAUCUUUAUCUAAUAAUGCAACUCGUGUCAGGUGGCGAACUGUUCGACCGUAUCGUAGAAAGAGGCUUCUACACCGAGCGAGACGCGAGCGCUUUAAUUAAACAAGUCCUGGAUGCGGUUAACUACCUCCAUUUGUUGGGGAUCGUCCACAGGGAUCUUAAGCCUGAGAAUCUGCUGUAUUUUAACUCGCAUGAAGAAUCUAAGAUUAUGAUAAGCGAUUUUGGGCUGUCCAAGAUGGAGGGUGCCGCCAAUGAUAUCAUGUCAACAGCGUGUGGGACCCCAGGCUACGUUGCACCAGAGGUAUUGGCACAAAAACCUUACAGCAAAGCAGUGGACUGCUGGUCUAUCGGUGUUAUUGCUUAUAUUCUGUUGUGUGGAUAUCCUCCGUUUUACGACGAGAACGACUCUAAACUUUUUGAGCAAAUACUAAGAGCCGAUUAUGAGUUUGAUUCCCCAUACUGGGACGACAUUUCAGAUUCGGCUAAAGACUUCAUCAGUAACCUGAUGUUGAAGGAUCCAGAAAAGAGGCUCACCUGUGAAGAGGCUCUCUUGCAUCCAUGGAUAGCCGGUGACACUGCUUUGUGCAAGAACAUCCAUGAAUCAGUCAGUAGACAGAUGAAGAAAAACUUUGCAAAAGCUAAAUGGCGGCAAGCAUUUAAUGCAACCGCGGUGAUCAGACACAUGAGGCGUCUUCAGCUGGGCAGCAGUAUGGAUUCUUCACAGCACAGGAAACAGAAUCAGAUGUCCAUGCCAGGAAAGAGUCAGUCAGUCGAUGUGUCCACAGUCAGCCGCAAUGACUCCCUUGAAGAGGGUGUUAUCUAUGUCUAGGUCUGGCCACGCAACAAGCGUCCAACUCGAGGAAAGGAACGCCUGAGGGCCAUCCACGCCCAUCCACAGUCACCACCAUCAUAACAGGCUCUAAAUGACAUCACUUCCUGUCGGACUGCUUACCUAGAGGCUGCAACACUUCGGAAAUGUUGUGGUACAACACACUGUCUUCUGUUUAUCGGUAACUUCCAUUGUCACAGUCACCUGUUGAUGUUCCUGUUUCCCUCUUUGGAAAGGCAAUGAGCCGCUACACGAUAGUCACAUGCAACUACUGUGUAAUUGAGGGGACCGUAAUAGCGGGCAAAGCUGCUGACAGGGGCGUAUGUGCCAAUUUAUCGCAGGUUUAUUUGACGUGACUCUUGAAUGGAGAAUAGCGUUUGCGCUGGUCUGAGUAUUAAACUACAUCAGGAUGCAAGUGAAAGCACAAGAGCUGUAAAACAGGUUUCAUUCAUAAAACAGCUGUUGUAAUUUUGCUGCUGUGUUUUAAUCUGCUGCUGUUUUGAACAAUCAAACAAAAGAUGUCAGUUUAAAAUCAUGCAUAAUGUUUAGAGAAGUUAAUGUAGUGAAUAUAAAGGCUUAUAAAUAGAAUCUAGAUAUGUCUAUAUGUAUAGGUGAAUGUGAGUGAAAUAUUGUAUUAAAUAAUGUGACAUAUAAUGGUUUUAUCAAUAGUUAAUAAUAUUAGUAAAAGGUUAUGGAGUGAUAUCUGUGUCAAAUGUUUUUGAAGGUCUGUAUAAAAUAAUUCAGUGAAAUGCACUUUUGGAGGUGUUUUGUGUAUGUUUUGGAUUUAUGCUAAUGCAUUUUCAAUUAGUUUUUUGAUAACUGGAGUUAACAAUUUAGAUCAAUUCACGUUAUAGUGUUUAUGUUACAGUGUAUUUGCAUAAUAAGUAUUGAAUAAUUUAUUUUGUGAAAUUGCGUAUUUAAAGUUGACACUGAAAUUAAAUAUGUUGUGAUAUAUAUUGUGAUAUAUAUGUAACAUAAACACUGUAAUGAUUUCAUCAUCACUUUUAUUUUAUUAUUAAAUAAGAAAACCAAACUUUCAAAUAUUUUUGUUCUUCACUCAGCAAUGUUUUGUCACAAAUCUAAAUGGAUUAUAUCAGCUUCAGUGACAGAAUAGCUAUAGUAUAAUGAACAUUUGUAUUUACUUACCUUGAAAAUGACAAAAAUGUCACACAUUGUCCAGUUUGUCUGUGGAUGUUUAGAGAGAUGUCUAAUGAAUUAUGACCAUGAGAGAACCGUUUCUGCUGUCGUCGUGGGACUUCAUACCAGUGGUCUGAAUUUAGCACCCAAAUGUGAAUUCUUUCAGUUUAUUCUCUUCAGUGGAUUUGUUCUGUGUGAGUGAAUGGCCGUUGAAUUUAUAUUUUCAUUAAAAUUUAUUUCACAAAGA